UUUUUUGGUUUUCUAAGGUUAAGAAUCUCUAUAAAAUAUUGAAUGAUGAUUCUUUUGAUGAAUUUAGAUAUCACCAACAUUUGUUCAAAACAAUGAAACAAUUUGUCUUGCAACAAAAACCUGACAAUGUUUGCCCGUUAUGUCCUUUGCAGAGUGAAACUGAUACUGACAAGAAUGUUGCCAUUGAGUGCAUGGAUGGAUGUUUUGGGCUUGUGAGAAAAAAGUCUGCUGGUGCGAAUCUUUUACCUGCCAGACACAAUGGUACAUUUUUUGCCAAUCAGGAUGAUGUCGAUAGCUUUGUUGAUGACAACUCAAAGAAGGCAAAGCAAGCCCCUACUGAUUGCAAUGAAUUUAAAUCUGGUGAGGUUAGUAACAUGUUACGAUCCAAAGGAAGAAAUAAGCUUUUUGACGAGAAGGGAGUGUUUGGUAGAGUAUGCAGACAUGAAUACCCAAGGGGAUUUAUGAGUAUCAAACAUGGAGAAAGGAUAGCAUAUUCAGUGUAUGAGGUUAAAAAGCUUCUGUGUCAUUAUGAUGAGGAUACUGAUGUUAAAAUAAUGUAUGACAUUGCAUGUACUUUGUCUGCCCACCUAAAGAAAAACGAAGAGCAUACCAUUCUUGGACGCAUUGACUUGGCAAUUCCUGUUUUCCAUGCAUAUGGACAUAAAUCUUCUUGCCAGGUUGCUUUUGGUCCUAGAAGAAAGGAGGGAUUUGGCCUUACUGACGGUGAAGGAAUUGAAAGACUUUGGUCUUACCUCAGAGGAUUUUCAUCAAUGACAAAGGAAAUGACAGCUGGUCGAAGGGUUGACGUAUUAACAGAUGCGCUUCUUCACCAUGCAAGACAUCGUCUUCUACAGUUUGGUCCGGCAUUGUUGUCUAAAAUGCAAAAAACAAAGAAACUAAUGGAAAACUCAGUAGUACAGUUGGAGGAGAUCUUUUCAGAUUUAAAAGUUUCCUAUGGUACUGAUGUAAUUAACUCUUGGAUGAAAGCAGAAGAGAAUAUGUUGUUAAUGAGAGGCAAGAGAAAACCAUCGCCCAUGUCGUGGGAGGCUAAAUACGUACAGAACUUAGUUUUCUUGCAGGAACUGAGACAAGGCAUUGCUUCAACAGAAGCUGAAAAUCAUGAAACCAUAAACGAGCUUGUAAAGAGGAAGAAAGCGAUUUUAAAAAUUGUCAUGGGAAUUGAAAAAAGCUACAAGGUUCACCCAAGAUGGAGAAUGGGCGAGGAGAAAUUCAACGUGGCAGCAUUGUCUGUUCUUCGGGAUAGGCGAAACCAAGCAUUAGAAAAAUUAUACUCACUUGCAGUCGAACACGGCCAAGCAAUUGCAGAGAAAGUUUCUAAGCAGAUAACACAAAGGACGAAUUCUGCUAAAGUAGUUGUUGAAAAGUACAACGCUAGCCUUGCUGCUUGGAAAGACAAUGUAACUGGGUUGCCAGAAGAGCUAGAGUUUGACAAGGUAAAAGAUCCAGAAUCCGACCUAUAUAAGGAUUUCAGAGAAAGCACUUUGAAGCUUGUUACGUAUCACCAAACCCAAAAGUCAAGUUUUUUAGAAUGGCUGAAGGACAACAAUGACUCGUCAUCAACCGUACUCAUUCGAGGAAUUCGGUGCAUACUUCAAAGAAAGAUUCUGGAAGAGGAAAACAAACUAAUUGUUCUUGGUGCAACGUUUGGCAAUCACCUACCAGAUAAUGUAUCAUCGUCCAUUCCAAAAAUCGAAUGGAGUCAUGAAAGCACCAUGCCCUCUACCAAACACGUUUUCGAGAACUUGGAUCAACUAGAUGACCAAAGGGAACAGAGUGAAGAACAGGACGAUGAGAUAUUGUCAAUUUUAGACAGUUCAGAUGACGAGGUUGAAGAUGAAUCUGAAAUGGAUUUCUAA